AUGUCCUUGUCGCGAUCACCCUCUCCCCAUGCGGGCGGAGGGUGGUCCAGCCCCGGUCUAACUCCGGGCAGCGGCUCCUCCACGCCCGUACGCGGGUACUCCCCCAACACCCUCGCGCCGAACAGCAACACCAAAGGAAACAGCACAUGGGCCGCAGCAAAAGCAAAAAGCAACGAAGUACGCGGCUACCCAUCCUUCGCAACGCGCAAUAGCGGCUUCUUCUCCCGCCAGAAGAAGAAGAUCUCCAACCAACUCCCCAGUUUCAACGGUCACCAGUCGCCGCACGGCUACGUUGAUAAGGAUGUAUAUGGGCGCGAGAGAUGGCGCUCCUCGGCUGGGGGUGCUCGAGGUACUCUAGCUAUUCUUCUGCGUCGGAGUCGGGUGCGCAUCUUGCUUGGCGUAUUCCUAGCAUGCCUUGCCUACAUUUGUCUUUGGGGGCCUCUAGUCCAUCUCUACCGACGUUCCCCACUCGGCGGAGGCCGCAAAUUCGUCAUAAUCCUCGGCUCCAAUGUCGAAGGCGGCGUAAUGGAACUCAAAGGCGCACGCGAAUGGGCAAUCGAGCGCAACAGCAUCCACAAUAAGCAAGAAUAUGCCACGCACUGGGGCUACGAAAUCGAAGUCGUCAACAUGCUAGCCAAGAAACGAUAUUCGCAUGAGUGGCGCGAAAGCUGGGAGAAGGGCGACGUCAUUCGCCAGACGAUGCGCAAAUACCCGCAUGCGGAGUGGUUCUGGUGGCUUGAUCUGAACACGUGGAUCAUGGAACGUGAAGCUUCCCUGCAGGGGGAGAUAUUCAAUUCUCUUGAUGAGAUGGUUUAUCGAGAUAUCAACGAUAACAACCCGCUCAACAUCACGCACCCUCUUCCGGAAUUCUAUCUCGAUGAAUUAGGUCGGGCGCUGGAAGGUGAUGGUCGAACCGAUUCUUUGCAGAUGCUCCUUACGCAAGAUUGUUCUGGGUUUAAUCUUGGUUCUUUCUUUUUACGAAGAUCGUUGUGGACUGAUCGCUUGCUUGAUGCGUGGUGGGACCCGGUUAUGUAUGAGCAGAUGCAUAUGGACUGGGUACAUAAGGAGCAGGAUGCUUUCAAAUACAUCUACCAAAGCCAACCUUGGAUUCGCAGCAGUGUCGGAUUCCUCCCCCAGCGCUCAAUCAAUGCUUUCCCGGUUGGUGCUUGUGGGGAUCAGAAUGAUCCAGCUGUGCAUUACCAGGAAGAUGAGCAUGAUCUAGUUGUGAAUAUGGCUGGUUGUACCUUCGGUCGCGACUGCUGGGCUGAAAUUUACAAUUUCCGCGAAAUUGCCAAUUACAACAAUCGCUCGGUCUGGGAGAAGGUACAUGAUGCCAUUUCUUCGGCCUUUGAGGGGCUGUUUGGUUCUGGUGAUUCGGCGGGUGAGUAG